UUUGCAGUCUCGAGAAGUUGCUGCGCUUAUAAUAUGACGUAUAUUGUAUGAGCUGUUAGGGGCACAGACCGGUUCAUAACAUGGAGCAAUAUGAGGGUCCGGAGAAAGUGCUGGCUUAUUUGCAGGAGGUGGAGAGGAAAGCCGAGGAUGUGCUGGUGGACAGGCGGCAGAUUGUGGACCUCGACAUUAAAAGGAAUCAGAAUAGGGAGGCCUUACGAGCGCUCGGCAGAGACCCCAGUCAAUCAGGUCCCGUGACCGUUUGCUUCGGUGACAUGUUCAUAAACCUUCCGAUAGAUAAAACCAAGGAGAUGAUUCAUCGGGAUCAGGAACAGUUGGAGGCAGAAAUCAAAAACCUUCGCUCGCAGUUAAAAGUGAAGGUGAACCAGCUAUAUGAGGCGCAAGGGAAGCCAGAGCUGAAGGGCUUUAGCCUGGUCCCGCUGGAUCCGGAUGAAAUCAAGGCGAUCAAUAAAGUUUUGAAAGGAUGAAUGUAAAGAAAGAAGACAUUGUGGUAUCCUCCAAGAGUCGGCAUUUCAGGUCAUAAUCUUCUUGACUGCUGGCGGUCAGAGAGGGAGAAGCGUUAACUUCCAGCAGCCACCUGCCGAAAACAGCAAGACUAUCAGAAGAUGGCGGCAAUUCUGAGCGCAGAACUGUACGAAUUGUGUAACGAUGACCGGUAUCUGUGGUCGCUAUUUCUAUGGCAACCGCAGAACCGAUGUUUGUACAAUAUUUCAUCGAUAGUAAAUGUGUAUUUUGUUUCUCA